GACUUCUCCUUCUCCACCACUAGGACGUCUGUCCUACAACAACCCGAAGACACACUUGCCAGUGUAAGCGAGUAGGGUUCUGACUGUAGCCGAGUUCGGUUCCGAAUGUGGAAGAAGGAAGACGACGAAGCAAUUUCAAAUAAUAGCCAUGAAGAAGAACGAACAACUUUGAGAGUUGAUUUUCAAGCGUGAUAGGCGGUCGAUUUUGUACUCGGACUUUGAUAAAAAAAAACCUCGAAACCCUUUGUGUUGCUCGAAGUGAUCGAAUCGAAACUCCUUGUCAGGGUGGUGACGACAACCGGAUACCACAUUCAAGGCACUUAACCACAUCUUUUGCAAUCCCUACGCCUACCCUCAACUCUAUUCAAACUUAAGGAACAGCUAGGCGUUGGAGCCCCUCAAUUGUCUGAGUCCAAACGUGAACCUCAAGUGUCAUCAUCGUUUUUUCAUUGUCGCCCCAAAGCGUCUUUCUCGUAUGUGACAACUCACUCUCAUUUGCAAUACUUCACAACAAGAUCAUCCACACCCACCUCAUCCCCAUCGACCUGAAAGGCAAGGGCACAAGAAGCCUUUCCCUCGCUUGUCAAUAUUAGAGUUUCGACGGAUUUGAGCCCCAACGAUUGGAAUCUUCAGCUCUUUCACGAUUGUCAUCAUUCGUAUACAAUAGCUCUCACCCAACAUUAAGCGCUGAAAUAAACAUUGUUGGUCUGUACUUGCUUCCGCCAACCUGGAAAGCCAAAACGACGAAUCCGAAUAGCUCACAUACCCACCCUUGUGUGGCCUUACCGAAGGAACACCAAUACUGCUCUCGUCAUCUGCCAAAGAAUUGUCUUCGUUUGGUGCUGAGAUCAUACCUGUGAUUGGUGACCAUUGGCUCGUGUCAUUGCCCUGGGGCUGACUUCUUCGCUUUGCUGCUCGAAUUAGUUUAUCUCCGAUCAUCCUUGAGCUCAGACGAAUUCAUUUUUUACACAACCAUUCAAGACUGAAACUACAAACCAAAUCAACCCUGGGAUUAUCCUUCGCGGACAAUUGGAGAAAACAUUCAUCUGCUUCCCUGGUAAUCGAACUUCGAAGACGAAUGAAUAGAUGGUCAUUUGUGGAAGAGGCCAUCGUUUUAUUCCGAUCCCGCGUGUAUUUGUGAUUGAACCAAAUCUACCCAGUACAAAUUAUCUUCUCGGCGCAUCCUGACCUUGAAUGAUUAAGGAUAGAAUCACUCGUCGUUGUCAAAAUCCGUCUAUUUGUCAGUGUUGACAGUUGAUCGUUCAAGUGGUGCCCAGACCCAAGUGCCCUCCCCCUCACGUGCUGGAUGUCAUAACGCCAAGGUCUUUGGUCCUUUGGUCCCACGAAGACAGAAGCUAUUUGUAGCAUCGACUUCCUGCUCUUGUCCCUACGCUUUUCCGAGAAACAAUCUUGACCCGUCGGCUGGGUCACACAAAUCUGACUUCAUUCAAUUUGGUUUGUGGCAGGAGCAAUCAAGUACCUAUGGAGGUCAAAGUGGCUCAAAACUUUGUCUUGAACUUCCUUUACAAUAAAUUGCCCAGGAGGCGUGUCAAUCUUUUCGGCGAAGAGCUGGAGACUGCGUUGCUCGAUAAGUUUCAAGAUCAUUGGUAUCCAGACAAGCCUUUCAAAGGAUCUGCUUUCCGAUGCCUCAGGAUCACUGAUCCUAAUGACCCCGUUCUGAAUCGGGCUGCUAGGGAGUCGGGCAACCCACUUUCUGACAUCAUCGAAAAUCUUCCCGCUGACUUGGCCAUCUGGAUUGACCCGGGAGAGGUAAGUUAUCGGAUUGGAGAGAAAGGGUCCGUCAAGAUCUUGUACUCCAAGAAUGACCCCAUCGUUCUCGUUGGAGAUGGACCUCCCUGUAACAACGGGAGUAAUGGAUCCGGCUACGGAGGUAUUAGUCCGGGUCUUCAAACCUCGUCUUCCACCUCCAGUGGUGCCUCCGAUGACUUGAAUGCUGAGAUUGCCGGAUUCUUGCCCUUGGACAACUUGAACGUUGCCAUGAGUGCCCUGUCUUGCAACCACAACUCGUCAGUUGGCCCUCCUGUCCCACCAUCAAUCAACUCUCAGCAGAGCCAAGGUGGUCCACCUGUCCUGAAUCAGGGCGUACACAGCACGAGCAGCAACAGCAACUCGAUGAACCUAAAUAAUGGAGGGGCUGGAGGAAAUGGACCCAACAGUAAUGCAAGUGGCACUGGAAGUGCAGGUGGCGGCAACGGAGGAGGUAAUAGCCAUGCCUUGCAUAAUAAUGGUCCUCCGCCUGGACUUAGUAAUGGUCCAAGUGGGCUAAGCGGAAAUCCGGUGGGCAGCAAUACUGGGUUCACUCCAUUCCAACCUCGUCCUCACCAUCAACCAGUAACUUACACGGCAGGGACAUUCGCCCAGACAAAAUUUGGUUCCACCAAGCUCAAAACUAAUGGGAAAAAGACAAACCGAAUGUCUCCAACGGAGUUCUCCAAUUACAUAAAGCAGCGCGCUUUACAAAAACAAAACUCCGUGGGUAGCCAAUACAACAGCACCCCGAUGAGAAUAAACGGUGCAGUGGGAAACAACGCGGGUUUUCGGCCUUUGACCAAUUCCAGUAGCAACGGUUUCUUCAACCACCCCUCCCAACAACCUUCUCAUCAUUCUCAAGUGUCGCCUCCCACCCAUCCGCAUUCGGCCAAUAACAUGAAUUUCGGCAACAGUCGCAACAAUAUUAAUAGCAACCCCGACUCCUACUUCUUUCCACUGUUCCCAGAUCGGUCUGGAAGUGGUGGUAAUUCCAGUGGGAGUGGCUCCAGCAACGGUUCUAUUAACAAUACAAUUGGAUCCACCCCAUCAGCCUUCCAUCAGCAAAACAGUUUUGGAGGAUCUUCGGCCAACUCCAGUGGGCUCACUCAAAACCGCUCUAACAAUCCGUGGUCUUCGGGUAUGGACAGUGACACUGAGGCCAUUCUUCAGGACAUCCUCAGCGUGGGACUCUCUUCAAAGCCGUCUCCAUUCAGCCGUGGCAGCAGUGGGUUCUUUUCCGAGUUGAAUGGCUCCUCGGACUUUGGUUCCAGUUUGGCAGGCAAUCUGCUCUCAGACCGUUUUCCCAACUUCAACGACGAUUCCAACAAAGGUAUGCUCGGAGACACGUUGAACUCGGGUCGUGGGGGCAACAACUCGAACAACAGUUCUGGGAAUGAGAAGUAUCACCAACGAGUUCUAGUUGCCAAUUGAGGGAUCAACACAAUUCUGUGUGAGCAAGACAAAACUAUUCAUGGGCAAGAAACACACCGGUCAUAGUAAACCAUCACUCUUAAACUAAUGCUCCUAAAAAGUAUUUUUGUAUAUUUUUUGGAUUUUUUACCGUCCCAAGACGAGAUGAUUCUCUGACCAUUCAUAAUAGUUCAUGGAUCAGAUUGAAGAGUUGCAGGACAAAGUAUCGGUUUCACCCCACCCUUUAUGGCUGUUCGAAUGUUUUACGACCUUGAUUGCGUGUUCUGUACUCUUUUCUAAUCACAAUCGCAGUUUUUCUUGGAGUUUCUCGGUUACAUCAUGACAAGUGUAAUAUUUAGAUCCCCAAGAGAGUGUCUUCUCUCUCCACAACUCAUUUCAUGUUCCACCGCCGCAAAGGCCGUUCCAAAUUCCCCCCUGUUUCAUAAAUCUGUCGAAAACCAAACCAUUCUUUGUGUUUUUCAAAUGUACAAUGACGAGAAAAAAAGAUUAGAAAACUCCCCAGAGUAAGAUUGAACCUUAUCCAAUGAUAUAUAUUCUUGUUCGCAAGAAGACAGUCGAAUUGAAAAAAAGUUUAUUUUAAUAUCCUGGUCAUUUUUGCAGAACAAUACUAUACUCCUUUCUUACUUUCAUUAUUAUCAGUUGUGUUGACGCUACUACCAUCCCACCACUAUUAUAGCUAUUGCUACUAUCAUUUUUAUUGCUACUGAUGCAAGUCAUAUCAAGCUCUUAGACUAAUGAAUUACUUUUCGUAUCCUUCAUUUUGUGGCUUUUGUAGUGGGGUGCGCAACCAGAAAAAAUAGAGAAAGGUAAUACUCCUCAAAACCAAUAAAAGGAAGUUAUGUUUCCUCUAAAUAUGAUUUCCUGCCCCAUUCCCUAACUUUUUGAUAAGGAUUAUGGCGAAUUUAUGUAUUAUGGUUAUUCCUAUGAUUACCAUUACACUCGGUGAACUUGAAAACGCUUGAGAUUUGUGUGGCCCUCCAUUUCUGUAGUCGCCUUGAUGAUCCUUUUUCAGUCGAUGGUCAAAGAGAAUGUGUCCCCAGCUGAUUUUUACCGGUGAACAUUCUGACGGUCUUGCCCAUCAUCGCUGUCUUUUUCCCACCCAACUCAACCCAACCACGCUUUGCAGGUCUUCAAGGCCAAGUUCCACGAACACGCCCUCUUCCCGCCCCCCACUCCCACCCACCCCCACCCCAAACAAGACCGUUUGAAUUUCUGGUGGUAAAUACCGUCCUACGAAUCAUGAUAGCAAAUAGCGCUUUGUGGAAAAAACCAAAAAGAUGAUUAUAUAUCGAUAAAUAGUACUCUCUAUUCAAAUACUAUUUUCCUGUAUACGUUAACCCAUGCCCAAGAAGGCGAGUAGAGGCUCCAAACCCUUUGCGUUUGGGCAUUAUUUUCUCUCCCUCUGAUCUGUUCUCUCCAAUGCUACCAUUUCCAUGUUGUAUGUAAAGUAGUUACCCAGAUAGUUUUUGUAACGAGGCCCUUAUUUUUGGACGGAUUUCAACUCUUUAAACACCUUGUAGACACAGCACACCAUAACAACAACAAUAACAACAAUAAUAAGAACAACUAUAAUAUAAAUGAUGAUAAUAACAAGAAGUAUAGAAUACAGAUUAAUAUUUGACAAUGGUCAUUCCAGUUCUUCACACCAAUAACUCAAACAUGCCACGCUCUACAUACAUCCAUAUUUUACAAAGACCUCAUCCCCUUUCUGCAGUUUUUAAUUACACACUUUUGUGAAUUGAGAGUAAACUUAGUGCUCCGAUAUUUAUCCAUAUUUGGUAGACUUGCACUGCAAGCAAAUUUCAAUGUUGGUAUUUUGUGGUGCGUUUUUAGUACCCCAAUACAAUUAAAGAGGAAAAAGAAAAUCACCACACAACAUUAAUUCUAAAAAGAGAUCUUGUGGCACAACGGCCAAAGAAACGAUGGAGCAAGUGUUAUGAUGAAGCAUUUGUUAAUUUUUUACCAAACCAAAAAAAAUAUUCUAUUCCUCUUCUAAAUAUAUUCUAAGCUCUUACUCCAUGUAACCACCCCACCAAGUUCCGAUAGACAGAAUGAAAGGCAGAAGGUUUCGCCAUUAACAAGCACGCCCAUUCCUUCUUUUCGAGUUUCCUUGCUGUACUGUUUACUAGUCGUUAUGCAGUACUUCAGGGUCAAUUUCGUUGCUCAAAGAGUGCACAAGACACACGAUCUUUACUUGAAACAUACGAUCCUUUUCACUUUUGAGUCGCAGCCCAUGUGGCUUUGAUCAUGAGGUAACCUUUGGAAAGGCCAGGCAGUCCCAUUAUUCAACGGUAUGUAGCCCUUGAGCGAAAAUUAUGUCAUUAAUGAUUCAACAUUAGGGUGAAGUGUAUUUGUUAUGAUUCGAAUGUGAACUCUUUGUAUGGAACAGAUUAAAAUGCUAUUUCUUGUAUAUUUGUAAACCAGGAGGAUUUCCACUCCCGCUAUUAAUACCUUAGAAAGUGUCUGAAUGCUUCUAUAUUCUCAUGAACUUCAUCAUUAUCAACACUAUCAUCAUUAUUAUUAUUACUAUUAUCAUUAUCAUCAUCAUUAUAAAGAAUAACAUUAUUGUUAGUAGUUUACCACUACUACUACUACUACUACUGCUACUACUACUCCUACCAUUACUACUACCACAACAGCACACACCACUACAAAGAAUUAGUAUAAAGAUUACUAUUUACCACAAAUUAAUAUGUUUUGCUUACUACAAACAAAUAUAUUAUACCAGAGUUUUGAAAUAAAUCCCUAAAAUCA